UUUUUUACAUUCAUUUUUACUAAUUUUCAGCAGUUUCUUUAAUACAUUGAUCUAAUUUAUUUUGACACAAGCAAACAUCAACAUGUGUUCCAGAGAAAUCGUUUCUUUACAAAUUGGUCAUUAUUCCAAUUUCGUUGGAACACAUUGGUGGAACAUUCAGGAAUCAUCUUUCUUGUACAGUCCUUCAGAAGCACAGAUAAAAGACAAGGAGGUGAAUCAUGAUAUCUUAUGGCGAGAAGGAAAAACAUUCAAGGAGGAGGUAACAUUUACUCCAAGGCUAAUAGCAGUAGACCUUAAGGGCAGUCUUAUUACAUUGAAACAAGAAGGAAUCCUGUAUGAAACAAAUCAACAAGAUGAUAUCAAAUGGAGUGGUGAUAUUACACUUCACAAGGCAUCCCCUGCGGAGAAGAAUGAUUUUUUAUCAAACUUAGAUAAGGAGGAUCAAGCCAUUGUAGAAUGCAGGAAAAGGACAGAUACUGCUGAAGUAAUCGAUGAUGUGGACAUAAAAGAUACAUUAUCCAGAGCUGGGACUGAAGCAAAUAAAUCUGAUUCCCAAUUAGUGUUUGGAAAAGUCGACCAUGAUCUGGAUAAUGUUGUGAAAGUGUGGUCUGAUUUUCUCAGAGUCUACCUUCAUCCAAAGACAAUCCAAAUCAUUGAACAGUACUACCAUUUAAAUUCUCUCCACCCAUUUGAUAUUUACGGAGCUGGUAUCAAAGCUAUAGACGAUUAUGAGACAAAGUCGGAGAUGGAAGACAGAAUUCAUCAUUUCUGUGAGGAGUGUGACAGUCUGCAGGGUUUUCAUGUCUUGGUGGACACACAUGAUGGUUUUGGUGGUGUAGGGGCCCAGACUUUACAACAUCUUGCUGAUGAAUACACAUCUAAGUCUGUGAUGACUUUUGGAUUUACACCUGCAAAUCUUCCAGAUAAUACACCUGUGAGUAGAGCUAAUCGGAUCCUGAACUCCGCACUAAGCUAUCAAAAAUGCUUUACACACAGUUCCUUAUUUUUCCCUUUGUCCUUGGCAAACAGUUUGUGGAAAACCCUUGGAAAUUAUGCAGAUUUUCCCCAACUUGAUUUCAAAAUGAUUGACUACCACACCAGUGCUAUACUAGCAGCCACACUCGACACCGCCUCUCUACCUUAUAGAACGGAUAAUCCUAUACACAUGUGUGAUAUUACUGACAACUUUCAAAGUUUUGGUAGGAAGGUAGGAUCUAUGAGCUCAGCCCUACCUAUCUGUAUGGAGGCAGAUUCUAACUUCCUGGAUGUGCUCCAGGACCUGCAGGGUAGUCUGCCCUGGCUCUCACUCACACCUCAUUGUACAAACCAGUCCACCCCUUUCAUGCAGUCUGUUGUGGUCAGGGGUAUUCCCGAGACCACACCAAGAAGUCCCAGAGGUAUCUACAGUUCUUGUAGAUCUGUUAAUGACACAUUACAGGUUUACCUUACAGAAAACUUCAACUCUUGUCUCAAUGCUGGGACUGUAAUAAAUACUCCAUGCAAAGUUAAUACACCAUUCCCACACAUCUUUAAAAAGAAUGUCAACAAAUUUGGACUUGUAUCAACAACUGAAAGAUCUAGGUUUCAAGGUGUUGAGACGGUCCCUAUGAUGACCAGUAUGCAGUCUAGUCCUGAUACUGCGGUACUUCUAAAUACCUUGUACUCCGAUGCCAAGAAACUGAACAUUAGAAAACACACACGAUUCCUUGAGGCAGGUCUCGAAGAAGAUGAUUAUCAAGAAAUACUACAGGACUUUGUCAGUCUAGAGAAAUGCUACUCGCCAAGAAGUGACAUGGAUUGAUACUUAUAAAUGAACAUUAUGAUGUGAUCUAUUUAUUGAGGAGGAACCAAUUCCACUGUUAUGCAUCUAAAUGCUUGGUUUUAAUGCAUCUAACAGAGACAGAACAUUUCUUUAAAAAUGAUUUGAAUGCAUUAAAAUUAUCAUGGAAUGUUCCUUUUACAUGCAAGAAAUCAGUUUUGAAAAUGUGCCAAUUUUUUUUGUAAAUAAAUGGUUAUAAAAAUAUA